AUGGUUUACUCAUGCAUUUUUCUACGUACAGUACUAUACCGUUUACACUCUAAUAGAACACCGCCCGAAUCAUUAAAUUUGAGCCCAUGUAUCUUAUUUCCUGUAAAAGAUAUCAAAAACUCCGAUUCCACCUCGCCCAGCUCCGAUCCUCCGAUUCCACCUCGACCAUCUCCGAUACCACCUCCACCAGCUCCGAUUCCACCUCCACCAGUUCCGUUUCUCCGAUUCCACCUUCAGCUGCCCAGGACUCAGAACCCAGGGCCUAUAGCUCCGGCUCCCAGAGUUCCGGCUCCCAGAGUUCCGGCUCACAGAGCUCCAGCUUCUUCCAGCUGGAUACCAGUUCUCAUUUGGGAACUGAUGGUUCUCACUGUUUCUCUAUUCCCUUAUAUGCAAAAAUUCUAG